GAGGAGGGGAGCGCGCCGAGCAGAGUCUUCUGGACCGUCAUGGCAGUCAAGUGGACAGGCGAACAUUCUUCUCCUAUUCUCUGCCUGAAUGCAAGUAAAGAAGGGGUUGUGGCUUCUGGUGCAGAAGGUGGAGAUCUCAUGACUUGGGGUGAAGAUGGGACUCCAUUAGGACACGUACAGUUCCAAGGAGCUGAUGAUGUUACCAGUGUUGUAUUUUCCAACACCUGUCCCACCAAGUUGUAUGCUUCACAUGGAGAAACCAUUAGCAUACUGGAUGUCAGAUCCCUCAAAGGCUCCCUCGACUGUUUCCACGUAAAUGAAGAAGAAAUCAAUUGUCUUUCGCUGAAUGAAACGGAAAGCCUGCUGGCUUCUGCUGAUGACUCUGGGGCCAUCAAAGUCCUGGACUUGGGAAAUAAGAAAGUUAGUAGAUCCUUGAGGAGACAUUCUAAUAUCUGUUCCUCUGUCGCUUUUCGGCCUCAAAGACCUCAGAGCCUGGUGUCAUGUGGACUGGAUAUGCAGGUGAUGCUAUGGAACCUCCAGAAAGCCCGGCCACUCUGGAUUACAAAUUUACAGGAGGAUGAAUCAGAAGACAUGGAGGGCCCACAGUCACCUGGUCAGCUCUUAAACCCUGCACUAGCACACUCUAUCUCUGUGGCAUCUUGUGGCAAUAUUUUCAGUUGUGGUGCAGAAGAUGGGAAGGUUCGAAUCUUUAGGGUGGUGGGAGUCAAGUGUGAAUGGGAACUGGGGUUUAAGGCUCACACCCUGGGGGUGUCCCAGGUCAGCUUUUUGCCAGAGUCUUAUUUGCUGCUUACUGGAGGAAAUGAUGGAAAGAUAAUGCUGUGGGAUGUGAGCAGUGAAGUCCAGAAAAAACAGAAGAGCCCUACAAAACAAGUCCACAAGAGGAAAAGUAAAAGAGCAACUUACACCAAGCAGGGUCGCAGCGCUAGUGCUUCCGGAACAGACGAAGCGGAAUGUGGCAACAUUUUACCAACGCUGACUAUUACACACGGAGAAAAAGUGAACUGGCUCUUGGGUACAACGCUAAAGGGAUGCCAAAAUAUAUUAGUAGCUGAUCAGACUAGUUGUAUAUCUGUAUAUCCCUUAAAUGAAAUUUAAAUCUAAUAAAAGUAUUUGAAUAACUGUU